GGUGGUUAUACAGUAACCCAUGAGCUUUAACCUUUUUGUACUCAGAGGGAAGAAGCAGCCGAGGCUUUAUCCACGACAGAAGCAGAACAGGCGCUGGGCUGCCCCUGCACAGCCCUCGCCUCCCCGCUGCGCUCUGCCCUGCGCUCAGCCGGCCCAGCUACAGCUGCACGUCCUCACUGCACGCUCCUGAGAUGGGACAGGAGGAGAGUAAACCUGAGCCUGGGGACCUGAUCCAGAUCUACCGGCCAUUUUACCAGCACUGGGCCCUCUACGUGGGGGAUGGAUAUAUCGUCCACUUGACGCCUGUAGAGAAUGGAGAAGUAUUAACAUCAAUAUUCAACACAAGGGCCAAGGUGAAGAAGCAACUCCUGAAAGUGGUGGUGGGAAAUGAUAAAUGGCGUGUCAACAACAAGUAUGACCGCUCCCGCAAACCUCGUCCUGUGAAGGAGAUCAUCCGGAGAGCUGAGGAAUGGAUUGACAGGGUCGUGACAUAUGAUGUGGUUACUAGGAACUGUGAGCACUUUGUGACAGAGCUCCGCUAUGGAGAGGGAGUCUCUGACCAGGUGAGUGGCACAGGGUGAGCCCUGGGUGCCUCCCAGAGCAGCUCCUGGCUGCUGCCUGUGAGCCCAGCACUGGGACACAGCCUGCAGCCUGCAUGGGCACAGCCCAGUGCCAGGCGUGGGCUCCAAAGCAGCGCUGCCUCUGGCCUCCCCAGAGCCCCUGGAGCUGGAGGGUCACUCUGCUCUGUGUGCAGCCUGACAGUGCCCUCUCACUGAG